UCGUUCCCAGACAUCGUGACGCUCGUGCACACGCACCUGGCGCCGAUGCUGAAACCCCAGGACACCUACAACUUUUUGGUCAGCUGCACUGGCUCCUUGAACCAAGGCGUCCGCGAUGGCAUCGCCACCAAGGCGUUGCUGUACUACUACAAGUACGACAGCGCGCACUUUGGUCUCAAGUGCGGAGGUGACUGGCACCAGUUGAUUCCCGUUUGCAUCCAGGGAGCUCGUGGGCGCUGUGCAGAGGACAGCAUACCAGAGGACCUACCGCUCCCCAAGGUGCUGGAUGCUCGAACACAACUGCUGGGAGCCAUGUGCCUCCUGUACGAAGGAAUUCGGCCCUUCAGAGUGGUGCAGAUGUAUCGUGGAAGUACCUGCGUGCCUGCUACCAUGCAGCCAGUUGUGUUUUCGCUGGCCGAAGCUUACAGAAAAGAAGAGGAGACGCCCACACUAAUCGACACGGACGACGUCGAGGAGCUAGCACGCCUGAUGAAUGCUGUCGAACCGGGGUUUGGCACGCACUUCUUCUUCGCCUCCGACGAAGAACCUGCCAACGUGUUGGAGGCGCACUGGAAAGGGAUCCAGUUUGACGAAGGCAGCGGUACGACGACGUGUGAGUUCUGCGAGAACUACGAGCAGAGUACGCUCUUCGUAAGGGAGCAUGGCGUAUCACAUAGCGACAGUGACGGGAUGAUGCGUGCUCAUUGCGCGGAAUUUUACCAGCCUAUGAAGAAACUCAUGCUGCAGAAGCUCAAGCACGUCCGCUAUGUCCAGCCU